AUGUUUGUAACAAUAAUUUUUUUGUUUUUAUUCAACUUUUUACCCAUGGAUUGUAAAAUGUCUGCUCAAAAUGCUCAAACAUUGGAUAAAAUUUGUUCAGUAGUUAAAUCUAAAUACUUAGUAUUUGAUACUACAGAAUCAGUGAAAUUACAGCUCAUUUCUGAACAAAAAAAUCUUGUCUGUAAUAUAUCUAUUAAUUCGGUUUUUUUUGAUAUAUGUUCUCUAAAAAAUAUUGUAUUAAGAAUUAAUAAACCACGCUUUUUUUAUCAAAAAAUGUUAAGCUUAGAAAUUGUAACUAAGCCAUCCUUUCUAAUUUUUAUUUAUGAAUUUGAAGAUUAUAUUUAUAGACACAGAUAUGUUAUUUUUAAUGCAUCUUUAUACAAGUUACCAUUUGUUAUAAAUCGAAGCGAUUAUUUUGAUGCAUUUUUAUUGUAUCAAGUAAUAUCACAAGUUUCAGGCGAAGCUAAAAUUUUAUUUGACGAAUCUUUUGGCAGAGUUUAUAAUGAAACUAUAAGCUUAAAAUUUGAAUGUAAAGGGUUUUCAGGAAUAAGUUUCGUUUUUGAUACUGAAAUUUUGCGUAGAAUUUUAUCUAUUAAUGAUAAUUUUGAUAGUUGCUUGCUUAAUUGGGAGGAUAGUGAGUCGCCUGUUAAUUUUAAUUUUUAUAGUACUUUUUUAUCAGUAUUUAUCUUUGUAGCAACAUAA